AUGAUUUAAUAAACAAAUUUGAAGUUAAAAUGCUAAUAAGAUAACCAUAAGGAAGAAAUUGAUUUUAUUUGUUAUUAUGAGUUCUGCACAGGAUUUAGAUUAAAUUGUUUUGAUUGUAUUAAAAUAGGAAUCCAUCAUACACAUUCUGAUGAUGUUAAAAAAGUUAACAGUUUGAUUCCAUUUAUUGAAGGUAACAAUAAAGAGUGUGACAAUUUGAUUGAUGAUCUUAACAAAUAUGUACUUAGUCUGAAUCAAUCAUUCUCUUAAUUAACUAAAGGAAUCAGAAAUAAAUAUUCAUUAGUAAAAGAAAGGUUAGUGAAUAUGAAUUCUUACUAAAUUAAUGAUUAUUUGAAUUCAACUACUAAGUUAACUGAAUAUAAAUAAUCAAUUUCAAAAAUCAUUUAGUAAUAAAUUAACAAAUUAAAUAAUUCAUUCAAUAAUUUAUAUGAAUAAUUGUAAUUAUACUUUAAUUGA